AUGUAUCACGUCGAACUCAUCGCCAACACUUCUACUCACGUCACCCCCGGCUGGACGUACGUCGCCGAUCGAGGCUUCGACCCUGCCAAAGCCGCAAUCGCUCCUAAUCUGGGAAGGAAACGAGGAAUCCGCGGCCCUGCACGAACCGACGUGUCCUCUAGACGAACUAAUGCCAUCGUUCGACACCUCGCAGAGCUCGAUCGCGAAAACCACAAGGAUGUUUCGAUUCCGAUUCCAGUGAAGCCGCAGAAAGAUGCUGGGAAGGCGACAAGAGGUAAAGUCACGUCGAAUGUACGCCGUAUUCUCCAGUCACAAAAGACCUUCCGCAAUUACCUUGACGAUGAGGAAGCCGCGUUGGCGCAAGCCGCAGCGGCACCUACCCCUGCGCAACGACCGUCGAUAAGCAAAGUUACCAAGCCAUCGUCGCUACGAAGAAGUUCAACGCCAGCUACAGCAACUACGCCGGGACUCGAGCCGAACCACUAUGGAAAAGACGACGAAAAACAAGAACAAGAACAAGAACAAGAACAAGAACAAUCGGAAACCCAACUCAUCAAGUCGAAACACGAUACCGACCCGCUUCUCCGCUCGUAUAUCCCCUCUGCACCGUCAGAACGUAUCAUGCAGGCUCUCCUCGCUGAGCCUCCGCUAACGUACAAUGCUUCGCGUGCUGGGCCGCCAGGGACGGGGAGAGCGCCGCGGCAUUUUUGCUGUAUGUGUGGAUAUUGGGGUAAGAUCCGGUGCAAGAAUUGCCACCAGCGCACAUGUGGACUAGACUGUUAUAAGAUUCAUGAGGACUCGCGGUGUGGAGCGUUCUUCUAAUGAAUUUCUUUUCCUCAUCUUCCUUGAGGGAUUAUUCCUUCCCCCCCCCCCCCAUUUUCUUUUGGUGCUCUGGCACUCAGAACGUUAUUAGAUCACGGUAUAUAUCGGAUGGAUACUCUUCCAUCCGCCACUUAUCUAGGGGCGAAGAGCUCAUCCGCCUCCCUUAUCCUGGGCUACCGUGACCAUACAGGACCAAGGACACCAAUAUCUCGACAGAAAUUUGUCUAGCAGAUUCUCAAGUCUGUUAACAAGAGCAUAUUUGGUCUUUAGUUUCUUGUUGAAACUAUAUCACGAUAUCACAACACUUCCGGCUCCGCACUACAACAACAACAACUACUACUACUACUAUAGACAGACACUGAGGAACACCAGACUGUGGAGUGGAAUAUCAAGAUGGACAUAACCUACAUAUUCCAUUA